AUGGCUAGUUUAUUUCGAACUUGUAUUCUACGCUCUGCUAGGACAGUUCCACUUAAAAAUCCUUUUGGACAAGCGACUCCAAUCACAAGAAGCUUUAAAAGCUUAAACUUUAAUUCUUCUACAUGCACGUGUCUAAUAUUAAAUAAUUCGACUCGUUCAUUUUCUACGACAAGCAUUCGUUCGUUUUCUACGACUAGCAUUCGUUCUUUGAGUAGUGCUGAUAGGACUCUAGCAGAUCAACUAGCCUAUGAAAUAAAAACCGAAACCGAAAGCUCGUCGUAUACUCCUGAUACACCUGACUUUAUAAAAGAAUUCUUGAGUCGACAAACUUUUAAAAUUGAAGAUAAAACAGGACAUGAUGAGGUUGCUAUAACGCGAGUUUUCGGAAAUGAAACACUCCGAUUACUUUUCUCAGUUUCUGAAGUCACAUCGGCCGAAUCUUCAAGUGAUUCGUUUUCUGACGAGGAUGAUUAUGAAAGUGACGGGGAUGAUUCUGUGAGUGAUGAAAAUGCGGAAGAUGAGGAUGAAGAUUUAUCCGAAGGUACUUUUCCCAUAAGAUGUGUUCUCACUGUUGAAAAGCAAGCCAAAGGAGCAUUGGCUUUUGAGUUGACAUGUGAAGACGGUGUAUUUAUCAUUGACAGCAUCUCAUAUUACAAAGACGGGAAAUUAGCCAAUGAUUUAACAGUAGAAGGAGAUUGGCAAAGGAGAAGAUUAUACCUGGGGCCACGGUUCGAAAACCUUGAUAACGAAGUUCAAAUUUUAUUUGAACGAUACUUGGAGGAACGAGGAAUCGAUACUUCUCUCGCCCUAUUCAUCCCCAAUUACGUUGACUAUAAAGAGCAAAAAGAAUAUCUUGGAUGGCUUCAUAAUGUAAAGAAAUUUGUAGAUGCUUAA